UCUUACCUUCCCAUCUAAGCCUCAUUUGAUUUUCUCUCUCUCUCUCUCUCUCUCUCUCUCUCUCUCUCUCUCUCUCUCUCUCUCCCCUUUAGAGAAGCAGAGUGAUACACAGAUAAGCUGUAUCAAAUUUUUAUCCGGCAUAUAGAUAAUCAUACAUGGGUUCUCCGGCCAGACCAAAUUCAUGGUCACCAUACAACAAUUACAAGGACUGUUCAACAGGGAUUUGCAGCAUAUACUGCCCACAAUGGUGCUACAUAGUCUUCCCCCCUCCCCCGCCCUUUUCCUCCGGCGGCGACGACUCCGGCACCAACUUCUCCCCCCUCAUCAUCGCCAUCAUCGGCGUACUUGCCAGCGCCUUCCUCCUGAUAGCCUAUUACACCCUCAUCUCCAAAUACUGCAAACGAAGAAGGGCCAACGCCGGCGAGGUCCACCACGAACCCGAACCAACAGACCUCAGCCAUACGCACCACCAGGACCAGUGGCAGGGCCCCGCCGCGACGUCUGCGUCCGCCGGGCUGGACCAGUCUCUCAUCGAGUCCAUCGCCGUUUGCUGUUACAAAAAGGAAGAUCAUGGGCUAGUGGAAGGCGCCACUGAGUGCGCUGUUUGUUUGAGUGAGUUCCAAGAAAACGAGAAGCUACGGUUGCUGCCGAAAUGCAGUCACGCAUUCCAUGUGCCCUGCAUAGACGCGUGGUUAAAAUCCCACUCGAACUGCCCGCUGUGCCGCGCGAACGUUGCGUCUCAGCCGGAUCCGAUUGCGGUGCAUAGUUCUUCGAGUUUUAACGUCUCGUCGCUUCGGGUUCAGCCGAGCAGGGAUUUGGUCGUGGUGGUGGAGGAUCCGGAGACGGGUUAUAGGACAGAGGCUGUAGUAGUUGAACACAGAGAAAAUGUACAAGAAGAUUUUGAGAAACUUGGAAGUCCGGUUCGACUUCAGGCUUCUCAACAUCGACGCAAUCUCUUGGUUUCUGAUGUAUUACGGAUUAGUGAAGAGGAGGAGGAGGAGGAAAUUUAUAGAGUAAUCCACAGAUUGCCUGCGGAAAUCGGACCGUCGAGAGGGAUUCGCGAGGAAAACGGCACGGGGACGGCCGAGAGAUCGACGUCUCCUGGGAGAUUCAGUUGCACAAGCAGGAAUGAUAGUAAAGGAAAGGAUUCAGUUGUCCCAGAUUGACGUUUUCUGCUUUUGUUGUGCAUAAAACACACAAGGUUUUGUUUAUAGGAAAGACACACAAGACUUGCCCAAGUUAACAGAGGAAAUGGGUUGAGGGAUCAUAUGGAUGAAACUGAGCGUAUAUUAUUGGAUACUGAGACUAAUGUAUUUCUCUUGAAAUUAGGUUAUUUCUUUUGAAAUUAGGUGCCAAUGAAAUUUUGUUUUUGUGUUGAUUAAAUUACUCAGGGGAAUAUUAGCUUCUUCGGCUAAUGUGGUUAAUUUGCCGAUGUUGGAAUUUUGGUGGUCUUUAUUACAGUGCAGAGUUCCAAGCAUCUCAAAAAAAAAAAAAAAAGGUUAUGAUUUUGUUAA